UGACGUAUGCAUUCGAGGGUAGCAACUGUUGCCUCGAGACCCCCUCGCGCCAUAGUGACUGUAGCCGUGGAUACAGUUACUUACCAACGGUCGCAACACUCAGCAACAGCAGCAGCAUCUGGAAGUCACCGAGCGCGUGGGAGAGAGGAAAGAGAGCAGAGCCAGGGCAGAACUUUUUCUCCAAAACAAAGCAUGCAGAGCUCAGAGGGAGGGUCAGACACCACAACCAGCGUGGCAGCGCUGCGGACGUCAUCAUCAGCUCAGGCUCCGGUAGUACAGCCUGUGCCAGCCUCCCAGCAGAGGGUGCUGGUUCAGGCCACAGGCUCAGCUCAGAAGGGAGGACAAGUACAACAGCUUUCAGUACCCAGGGUUCAACAGGUCUCUCAGCAGGUUCAACAGGUGCCACAUGUUUACCCAUCCCAGGUCCAGUAUGUAGGAGAGAGUGGAGAGACUGUUUACACCAAUGGAACUAUCCGAGCAGCCUACUCCUACAAUCCGGACACCCAGCUGUAUGGGCAGAGUAGCGGCGGAACCUACUUUGACUCUCAGGCUGGUGGAGCACACGUCACCACAGUGGUCUCCUCUGCCAGUGGUGGGGUGCCCCCUCAUGGCAUGGUGGGCAUUGCUAUGGAUGUGGGCAGCAGCCACAUCAUCUCCAGUGGAAGCACCUACCUGAUCCAUGGAGGAAAUAUGGAAGGAAGCCGCAACCACAUAUCACACUCAUCACGCUCCUCCUCAGCUAUGCUUGAAAUGGCGAUUGAAAACCUCCAAAAGUCUGAAGGAAUUGCAAGUCACAAAAGCAGCCUGCUCAACAGCCAUCUGCAGUGGCUGCUGGAUAACUAUGAGACAGCUGAGGGGGUGAGCUUGCCCCGAUGCUCCCUGUACAACCAUUACCUUCGGCACUGUCAGGAACAGAAACUGGAUCCGGUCAACGCAGCCUCCUUUGGCAAGCUCAUCCGCUCAGUCUUCAUGGGCCUGAGGACCCGGCGCCUUGGCACCAGAGGCAACUCUAAGUAUCAUUACUAUGGCAUUCGGGUGAAGCCAGACUCACCACUCAACCGGCUGCAGGAAGACACUCAGUACAUGGCCAUGAGGCAGCAGCCUGUCCACCAGAAACAGAGGUUCAAACCUCUGCAGAAGGUGGACGGCAUGUCUGACAGCCUGUGUGGGAGCUCUCAGCACUGUAGCAGCACUCCAGAACAGUCUGUGGCUGCUCAGAGCCAGCACCACCAGCAGUACAUAGAUACGGCCCACUCUUUGCCUCCAUUUCCCUCUCCUGACUUGGGCACCCAGCCUCUGCCUGAACGCAUCAACAUGAAUGAUAUGAAAAAGCUGCAGACACUUUACAGAGAGCACUGCGAGGCUACUUUGGAUGUGGUGAUGAACCUCCAGUUCCACUACAUUGAGAAACUUUGGCAGUCUUUUUGGUAUUCAACACCGCCAUCUAGUGACGGAAGCACCACCAUCUCCAAUAGUGAUGAUGACCUGGACGGUGUGAUCCCACAAGAGAAGCUGGUAGCUCUGUGUAAAUAUGAACCUGUCAGAUUAUGGAUGAGGAGCUGUGAUCACAUUCUCUACCAGGCUCUUGUGGAGAUCCUGAUCCCUGAUGUGCUGCGUCCUGUCCCCAGCACACUGACUCAGGCCAUCCGAAACUUUGCCAAGAGUCUGGAGGGCUGGCUGACUAACGCCAUGACCAACUUUCCUCAAGAGAUUAUCCGCACAAAGGUGGCUGUCGUCAGCGCGUUCGCCCAGACUCUGAGACGUUACACUAGCCUGAACCACCUGGCUCAGGCAGCCCGGGCCGUCCUCCAGAACACAUCUCAGAUAAACCAGAUGCUUUCUGACCUCAACCGGGUUGACUUUGCGAACGUCCAGGAGCAGGCAUCCUGGGUGUGUCAGUGUGAUGAGAGCGUGGUUCAGCGUCUGGAGCAGGACUUUAAGGUCACCCUGCAGCAGCAGAGCUCUCUGGACCAGUGGGCUACCUGGCUCGACAACGUGGUCUCUCAGGUCCUGAAGCCUCAUCAGGGCAGCCCCAGCUUCCCCAAAGCUGCUCGCCAGUUCCUGCUCAAGUGGUCCUUCUACAGCUCCAUGGUGAUCAGAGACCUGACCCUGCGCAGUGCCGCCAGUUUUGGCUCUUUCCAUCUGAUCCGCCUCCUGUAUGACGAGUACAUGUUUUACCUGGUGGAACAUCGUGUGGCUCAGGCCACCGGGGAAACUCCCAUUGCUGUUAUGGGAGAGUUCAGUGACCUGACCUCUAUGAUGCCAUCACUGAUGGAGAAAGAUGCGUCUUUUUCUGAUGAGAUGAGUGACCUGGGCAGUGACGCUGAUGCCUCCAGAGGGCCGACUGAACCGGCCGUUAAGAGAGAGAGGAUUGACAUGAGUCACCCUCUGCAGGAGAUGUGAGUCUGAGCGGGGGCCCGACUUGAGAGCCACGAGGACCAGUAUGUCUCCCCGAGGAAAAAGUGACCCUGAAGUUGUGUUUGGGGCCCUUUAGGGACACUGAGGGACAAGCACACUCCUUCUGCAGUCAGUGUGCCAUGUACAUAAAGAAGAAAGUAGCAGCGUUGGUCCUCCCCUCACUAGCGUUUAAACAGACGUUGAUCUGUCUCCUGAGUAGCUCAUUCAUCUGUUUUUUCUUUCUUUCUUUUUUUUACUCACAGGGUUGUAACACAGGCCUGAUUUUCUUUCCCUUUUCGUUCCAACUGUGAAUGACUUUGUGCAGUAACUUUUUAUUGGAUGUGUAUCUUUGAGUGGUGGUGUGUGCUGUUUGUGAUUCUUCUACUCUUUUUCUUUUUUUAUUUGAACUAGAUGUGCCAUAGUGUCAUUUGAGUGCCUUAGAUCGCUAACUUUAAAAACCACCACUACAGAUGUCUGUCCCUCAGCUGUGCCUCUACCGCAGUAUGAAUGUAUCGUCUCCAAACCUCAAGACAUUCAAAGCACCUUUUAAUGUAGAUUUGGUGUAGGUGUGUACUCUCCUUGUUGCCUCUGCUGCAGCUCGCAGCGUAUUCACUAACGCACACACAAAAAAAACAACUACAAACAUGCAACUUACUGACCCAAAGGACCUUUCCCUGAAACGUUCCCACCAGCUUAGCCACAGUCAGGAAAACGGGGAACUCAGUACGCGUGUAGAUGUUUCUUUACCUCAAUAGAUUUUUAUGCUGUGGUCCUUUUGGCUCAGAUCAUAUGAGGAAAGUAUAAAAAAAUGUAGCCACUGUUGCAGUCUGUGUAUCUUGAUCCUGUUCUCAUUGAUGUAAAUAGUUCUCAUUCAUUUGGUUUCAGCCCUGAGAUAGCUCCUCUGGGUGCUCUAAGGAUACACCUUGUACCGAGAGUAAGGGAUAAAUCCAGACUAAUCAACUUUAUGCUAAAACCUAAACUGGAAUCUGCUGUCUCAUUAAGACUUAUUUUCUGAUUUUUAAAAAUGGUUGUACAUUUCAUCAUUUAAUCAAAACUCACCGGAGCAUAUAAACCUAUGAAACCAAAACCCAUUCACAGAAACAGGAUCUCUUUGUCGUGUGUAAGCCAGUGCACACUCCCAGAAAUCAGAUACUUUGACCUCAUGCUGUUUCUCAGAUAAAGUCUUAUGUUCUGUUUGGAUUAGCUAGAGGUAAAUACAGUGCAUUAUAUGGGGAACAUGUCCAUAAUAAAUAAUAUAAAUAUAUAUAUCUUUUUAUGAUGUAGGAAGUCUGUGCUCUGUGGCCUUUGCCUGAUCGCUCCUCACACUGUAUCAGAAGAAAGAAAAAAAAGCUUUGAUGUGUAAUGAAUUAGCCCAGAGUGUGUGAUAAAUGUUUCAAAUCUCAAAUGUUCAGUGUAUGAAAUCAAAUUAUUACUUAGGGUGCUUCUGCUCCACAGUAAGCUAUUAAACUGUAACAAGAGAAAUUUCUAUUUAUAAGAUCUAUUCUGAUUUGAUUGGCAUCUGCUUUGUGUUGGAAUCUAUUUGGUUGAUUUAUUUUCUCCUCGUUUCCCUCGGAUGAUUUUGUUGUAGCGAUGAGAAUCCUCGAGUUUUUACUUAUUUAAGGCUUUUUGUAACUCGUGCCUGUCACAGUAAUUUGCCUUCAAGUGCUUUGGAAAAAGAAGUAAUUUCUGUGUAAUUUGUAAUGUUUGGUAAGACUGUUUUAGAUUUUUUCGGCGGAGGAUUAUUUUUUAUUGAACUAGAUUUGGUUCUUCUUACAAGUAUACUGAACCCUUAUUUUUGUGCAUUUAAACCUGUUCUUGACUACACUUUAACUAGCCUAAGGACAGACAAUGUCUGUAAUAAACUGCAUAGUUCAGCUGUAUUUUGUACUUGGUCACAAUGUGUAAUAAAUUGUUGUAAACCAAAA